UUUAUCUAUGACAUUCACUCCACUUCGCAGGGAAGCCCAUCCGUGUUUUGAUUUUAAGCAAUUUCAAGUGUCUUAUUUUAUUUAAUUUUUAAGUCAUUUAAUAAAAUAGCUUGCUUUAUUUACAUAUUAAAAUAUGACUUGGGGCUUUGUAACGUGUGGCCCUAAUGAGGCACUAGUUGUUUCAGGAUGCUGCUACUCCAAGCCACUUCUUGUUCCCGGUGGGCGUGCUUUUGUAUGGCCAGCUAUACAGCGUGUCCAGAAAAUAUCACUCAAUACAAUGACACUUCAAGUUGAAUCACCCACUGUCUACACCAGCCAAGGUGUGCCAAUUUCAGUCACUGGAAUUGCACAGGUGAAGAUUCAAGGUCAGAAUGCUGAAAUGCUGCUCUCGGCUUGCGAACAAUUUCUUGGCAAAUCUGAGCAAGAGAUCCAACAUAUAGCUCUUGUAACACUGGAAGGUCACCAGCGUGCUAUCAUGGGAUCUAUGACAGUUGAAGAAAUUUACAAAGAUCGAAAGAUAUUCUCUAAAAAAGUCUUUGAAGUGGCAUCCAGUGAUCUUAUCAACAUGGGAAUCACAGUUGUGUCAUAUACACUGAAGGACAUCAGGGAUGAAGAGGGUUACUUAAAAGCGUUGGGUAUGGCAAGAACUGCGGAGGUGAAACGAGACGCACGUAUCGGCGAGGCUGAGGCUCAAGCUGAGGCUAAGAUAAAAGAAGCAAUGGCCGAGGAACAACGGAUGGCGGCACGCUUCCUUAAUGACACCGAGAUAGCGAAGGCUCAACGAGAUUUCGAAUUAAAAAAAGCCGCUUACGAUGUUGAAGUACAAACUAAAAAGGCUGAAGCUGAAAUGGCAUACGAAUUGCAAGCGGCUAAAACGAAACAACGCAUCAAAGAGGAACAAAUGCAAAUAGCAGUUGUUGAACGCUCCCAAGAGAUCAAUGUUCAAAAGUGGGAAGUCCAAAGACGGGAAAAGGAAUUAGAGGCGACUGUGCGCAGACCAGCGGAGGCGGAGAAGUUUAAACUGGAAAAAUUGGCUGAAGCUCACCGAUUGAAGACCGUACUUGAAGCUGAAGCAGAAGCCGAGGCAGUUAAAGUGCGCGGAGAGGCGGAAGCGUAUGCUAUUAAAGCUAAAGCAGCUGCGGAUGCAGAACAAAUGGCUAAGAAGGCUGAAGCAUGGAAGGAGUACGGCUCAGCAGCUAUGGUUGAUAUGAUGCUGGAGACAUUACCAAAGGUCGCGGCAGAGGUGGCGGCGCCAUUGUCGCAAGCUCGCAAGGUUACCAUGGUGUCUUGUGGCGGUGGUGAAGUGGGAGCGGCUAAGCUGACCGGUGAAGUCCUCACCAUCGUCCAAUGCAUACCGGAGCUGGUGAAAGGAGUUACCGGAGUUGAUAUCUCCAAGGCCAAGGCGCUGUCGGAGCCCACGCCCACGCCCACGGCGCGAGGUGACUCCGCGCGCAAACUGCGAUAACUGAAGUGGAUAACUAGACAAGUUUAAACUCAGUGAGGGUCUUCGCGCCGUCUAAAACUUCAAAGUAAACGUUUCUGAAUUCGUUCCGUUACCUGCAUGUUUUUGAUCAAUAUUAGUUUUGUGUGUCAAAUGUAUCGAUUUAUUUUAGUUUACGAAGCCGUGGCCGUUGAUAUGUUGAUUUUUAAUUGCUGGCGAAUUUACGCAACUGUUUUUAUAUGACUUUAUUAAAGCUCCAUAACUCGACUCCGCCAACACUAGUAUUGAUAAUAAUCGAAUAGCUCGGAUAUAUUUAAGUGAACAAGGUGCUUGUAGAACUUCAGUGUAAACUUUGUAAGUUAUGGUACGUGGGCUCUUUGAUCUCUGUAUUAUAAUGCAAUUUGUGAAUUCCCUCCAUUUUUUAUAAUCGAUUUUAUUAGGUUUAGAAUCUUAAUCUAGGUCAUCUGUAGCUCUUCUUGUUUGAUAUCUGCUAUUCAAUGUUUGUUAAAUGCAAUGAUAAAUACAAAAUGUUUCUUUGUAACCAAUUAAAAUGAUAACAAUGAAAUGAAUUUACCCGUCUUCUCUAUUGGUGCGGAAAAUUUUAAAUUUAUACAUUUAUUUAGUUUAGUAAAGUUCCUUGUAAUUUCUUAGAAUGCUCUAAACUACAUGGAAAUUUCAAUUGUUUUAGUACAAAUGAUAUUGUUAGCUGAAUAAACCUGAAUAAAGUAAAAUCUUAUGAUUAGUUAUAAUACCUAGAAUUUAAAUUGUAGCUUUCGUAUGUUAAACUGUCGGAUUGCUUAAUGUAGGUUAAGCAGUUUAUACUGACAGUAUAUCUAAUGUACUAAACGAAUAUUUAUUUUUAACAAAUUUAUAAAUCGAUUAAUAAUCGAUAUUUUUAGGCGAUUCGUUGCUCGUUUGCCCCCUUCUCCUAUAAAAAAAAUCUACUUAAAUCUUGAUGAUGAAAUCAAGAUUAUUUUUCUCUACACUUUGCACUACCGAAUAAUUAAUGCGGAUAUUUAAGAUCGUUAGUAAUGGGUAAAUCGACUAAAAUUGAUGACCUGCAGAUCAGCUCACGGAAGCAGAUCAGUGAAAUGGCUCAGCUCAGCUCUAUUUCUACCUGUAGAAAUUUGUGAUUUGCGUUUCGAGCUGCGAAUUGCGAGACAACAGGCAGCUCUUGACUCGUCAGCCAGAUGAGCCAUCAGCUGCCAAUUUAGUUGUCGUGUAGUUCAGUUCUAAUCUAUCUGAUCUAAACUUUUGAUCCGGUUCAGAGCUGAUGUGCGGCCAAAGAUCGUAUUCGAUGCAAUAAAAUGAAUCAAUAAUUAUUUAACAAACAUUGUAUAGUAGAAUAUGACAAUAUCUUAUUGUGGCAAUAACUUCUAAUCGACUAAUUUAUGUGCCUACUGAGCAGAUCCGCCGGUGUGCGACUUGGAGAAUAAAGAGCCCGCGCACCUCACAGCUAGCUGAUUCCUUGUAAUACCUACUAUUAAGAUAACUGGAUGUGUCAAUAGCAUAGUUAUUUGCAGAGAUGUUAUUUUCAUUGGAAAUUGUAGGAAUUUAGAACGGUGUGGACAGACUAGAAAAGUGUAGCAACCGCUGUGUUAGAGCUAAGUGUGUGUUUGUACACACGUAGCAUACGUUCUACUUAAUGUUGAGACCAAUCCGAAAUUCGCAAACGUAGAUUACAAAUGACUGUUAUACAUGUA